UUCGGAUUCGGCUGUGUGUGUUUGCUUGGAAAACUUAUGACGACCGUGCGCUGUCAACGGUUUAGUGGAGUAACGGCCACAGCUGCAAACGGACGUCGGUAGAGCUCAGUUGCGUACGUUGAAAGUAUUGGGGUGCUCCCAUAAUCAAGGGAAGGCAAGCAAAUGAAAAAAAAAUUAAAUUGUAAAAAAAUCGGAAAAAUAUAGAUUUUUGUAUUUUGUGUUGAGAAAAGCAAAAAAGAAUGAAAUAAGCAGGAAAAAGUGUUGUUGCCUUGAAAAAUGAAAAUUGGCUGAAAAGCGCAAUGCAAAAAAAAUAAAUAAAUUAAAAAAAGCAGCAUUUUAGCUCGUUGAAAAUUUCAAGAAAAGUAAAGAAAAGUGCGUGUGUGUGUAUAUGUGUGACACAGUGUAUAUAUGAAGAAAUAUACAUAUAAGUAUAUAUGUAUAUAUACUAAGGGCAGUGAAAAUAAUUUCGUGCAUUAAUACAUAUACUGCUGCUGUUUGAAAAAAAGCAUAUACUUCUAGCAGUUGCAGGUGGCAGCGCAGUAAAGUAAUAACAAUUUCUUCGAGUGAAGAAUUUUGCUAAACGUUUUUGCAGCAGAACUGGCCUGCAAGUGUCUAUGCUGAAAAGCAAUGGCGAAAUAAAUGUGCUGGAAAUGUGGCUAUGCAAAUAAGCGUAUAAGUGAGAUUUAAUGUCGAAAUUUUUACAUAAUUGGCUUUCGGCUAAUCUGCUGAUUCAAAUUAAAAAAAGAGAAGAAGAAGAAGUGAAGCAUUGUCUUAAAAUGUGUUGAGGAUUAAUAACGGAAAAUAUAUAUACAACAAAGAGUCAAAUAUAUAUAACACAUAUAUAUAUAUAUAAAUAUAUUCAUAAAUACCCUGCUUUUCAACUACGCUAUUAACCUGCUACUUCGUAACAAAAACAAAAAACUAAAGCUUCGCGUGACCAAAUACUCAUUGAACAAGCUGAUUAUAUGUGUAUAAUUGAGUGGCGAAAGAAAACCAUCGGCUUGCCUGUAUGUUUAAUAAUGAUACCGCUACAACUAUAGCCGCUAGCAUACAUACAUACAACCCGAUAUACAGACAGACAUAUAUUGAUUUGAUUCGAUUGUCAUCAUUAAGUGCUAUUCACAUUGAUAAGCUGCCAAAAAUUAGUAGAAUACGCGCCGUUGUGAUACAUAAAUGUGAAAAGUGCGAAAACGAUUUAGUAUGAAUAGUUGACUGACAGCGCAUUGAACGGACACACGUCUACACAUAUACAUUUAUAGUAGAGUAUUUGAGAGCCAGAGGAACUCAAUAAGCUGUGAUUCAAGGAACAAAAGACAUGAGGAGUGGCCGCUGCUCAACACAAACGAAUAGUUUCAAAGUGCUUAAUACCGUUAUUACUACAGAGCAUUUACGUGGUGAAUUGAGAUCUUAAACAGUUGCAAAUAUUUUGUUUGCAUCGAUUUGAAAGCUGUAGACGCAACGGAAGUCAAAAAAUUCAUUCAUUUGAAAUUGUGAGACUAUAAUAACAAAAUUGAUGCAAUGUAGCGUGGCGGACUUAUGGUCGGCGAACGCGAUAGAGACCGUGAUACGGUACGCUGGGAAACGGGUGAUGCAACACCGCCCCAAUUUAAUAAUGGAGGUAUGCAAAUGGUCGGACAAUUGCAUGGUGGACAGGCUGCUAGCCAACAACAACAGCAAAAACAACAACAGUCGCAACGUGAUCUACAGCUACAACAGCAACAGCAACAACAACAAUUGCAACUGCAACAGCAGCAACAACAAAUAUUGCAACAGCAACAACAACAACAACAGACCAGUAACUGGAUUGAAACCGAAACGCUUGGUCGCAACCCGGCAACUGGAUCGGCCAGUGCCAUUGGCAACAUCGGUCACAUCCAAGCGCCGGGUUACGGCAUUGGUGUCGGCAUCGGAAUCGACGUCACACACGAACCGAGCGACAACAACGAUAAUCAAGCCUACUACGAUACAAGCGGUAAUGUCGAUUGGGUCCGAGCGAUGGGAACCGGUGGAGCUAGUUCAUUUGGUUGCGGCACUGGAGCUGUCCCAACAACUGGCAAUCUUGCUUAUAACAAUGACACAACUGCUACGGCUGCCGGCGCAGUCAACAUCAGUCAACGUAAUCUCAACAAUAUCGCCGGCGGAGGUGGAGGUGGAGGCGGUGGCAGCAUUGGAAACUUGGACUAUGCUGAUGGCGGCAGCAUUACUGGCGCAUCCGCCACAACCACGCACACUGCCGGCGGUCCUAUGGGCAAUGGCGGUAUCGGCGGUGUCGGCGGCAUGGUCGGCGGUGGUAGUCAAAAUAUCGUCGGCAUUGGCGGUGCCAGCACCGGUGCUGGCAGUACCGGCGCUGUUGGCAAAGAAGUACGAUACGCUCCAUUCCCGAUACCAUCACCGACACAUUCGAAUCCGACAACUUCCCAGCUGCACGGCAGCAUGGGUGCGGGCGCAUUGCAACGCGCACAUUCCAGAUCCAUGUCCUCCAUACCACCGCCCGAACCCUUUAUGAUAGCGCAAUCGAAGCAAAUGAAUAGUCGCGUCUCCAUCAAUGUUGGCGGUGUCAAGCAUGAGGUAUUGUGGCGUACGCUCGAACGAUUGCCGCACACACGUUUAGGUCGUCUACGUGAAUGUACCACACACGAAGCUAUCAUUGAACUAUGCGACGAUUAUUCAAUUGUCGACAACGAGUACUUCUUCGAUCGACAUCCGAAGAGUUUCAGUUCCAUAUUAAAUUUCUAUCGCACUGGUAAAUUGCACAUCGUCGACGAGAUGUGCGUACUGGCAUUUAGUGAUGAUCUCGAGUACUGGGGAGUUGAUGAGCUGUAUCUGGAGUCCUGCUGUCAGCACAAGUACCAUCAGCGCAAGGAGAACGUGCACGAGGAGAUGCGCAAAGAGGCUGAAUCGUUGCGACAACGUGACGAAGAGGAAUUCGGCGAAGGCAAAUGUGCCGAAUAUCAAAAGUACUUGUGGGAGCUGCUCGAGAAACCGAACACCAGCUUCGCUGCGCGGGUUAUCGCAGUGAUAUCCAUACUAUUUAUAGUCCUGUCUACCAUAGCCCUGACGUUGAACACCCUACCACAACUACAACACAGUGAGAAUGGUACACCAUCUGAUAAUCCGCAAUUGGCUAUGGUUGAAGCCGUUUGCAUAUCGUGGUUCACCUUAGAAUAUAUACUUAGGUUUAGUGCAUCACCGGAUAAAUGGAAAUUCUUUAAGGGUGGCCUUAAUAUAAUCGAUCUAUUGGCAAUACUCCCAUAUUUUGUUUCCCUAUUCUUAUUGGAGACGAAUAAGAAUGCAACGGACCAGUUCCAGGAUGUGCGCCGGGUGGUGCAAGUAUUUCGCAUCAUGCGCAUCCUGCGAAUCCUUAAGCUGGCCCGUCACUCAACGGGCCUGCAGUCGUUAGGCUUUACGCUACGUAAUUCAUAUAAGGAACUCGGUCUACUAAUGCUGUUCCUGGCAAUGGGCGUUCUCAUAUUUUCUUCGCUGGCAUAUUUUGCCGAAAAGGAUGAAAAGGAUACAAAAUUCGUUUCAAUACCGGAAACAUUUUGGUGGGCGGGUAUUACAAUGACAACUGUUGGCUACGGGGACAUCUAUCCCACUACUGCACUGGGAAAGGUUAUUGGUACUGUGUGUUGCAUAUGCGGUGUUCUGGUAAUCGCUUUGCCUAUUCCCAUCAUCGUUAACAAUUUUGCUGAAUUUUAUAAGAAUCAGAUGCGACGCGAGAAGGCGCUAAAGCGACGCGAAGCGCUCGAUCGGGCCAAACGUGAGGGCAGUAUUGUAUCAUUUCAUCAUAUCAAUUUGAAAGAUGCCUUCGCCAAAUCGAUGGAUCUCAUUGAUGUCAUUGUGGAUACAGGCAAGCAAACAAAUGUCGUACAUCCGAAAGGUAAAAAUCAGAAAGCGCCAAAUAUAGGAAAACAACCAUUGAGCGCUAUAAUCGCAGGGCACAAUCUCUCGCAGACCGAUGGGAAUAGCACCGAGGAUGGCGAAUCCACGAGCGGCGGUGGUCGCAAUCCGGCCACCACGGGCGCCGGCUGUUACCGCAACUAUGAUCAUAUGGCCAAUAUGAGGAAUUCGAAUAUGACGCAUCACUUUCGUCCAUCUGUACCUGAUCAGGAAUCAGUUCCUCCAUAUAGUUAUGUCGAUACUCCGAACGCCCACCUUACGUCCAUGACGGCCAUGGAGAGUUACAAGCGUGAACAGCAGCAGCGUCAAUUGCAGGCGCAGCUGUUGCGCGAACAGCGUGAGAAGCUGGAGCAGUUGGCGGCGCAACAGGAAGCGGAUGCCGCAUUGCUGACAACAGCAGCCGCCACACUUUUGAAUGUCACCAAACCGUUAACCACCACCACGCCAGCCAACGCCAAUGUAGUUGGCACUGCGAAUGGUGGCGCGAAUGUUGUGUCCGGCAGUGGGAAUGCGGCUGGCUCGGGCUCCACUUCGGCGACAGUUGCGGCAGCGGCAGCGGCAACAGCAUCAGCAUCGGCAGCGGAUCAGGAUACUGCCGCGAAUUCAUCGCAAGCGGGUGAUAGUGUAUCGUUGGUGCCAUCCGGUCCACGGCCAUUGCAAAUGAUGAUCGCACCUGGGGAAGUGGCCGAGCUGCGUCGUCAGGUGGCACUUGAGAAUUUGCAAAACCAAAGAAUGGAUAAUCUGGAGCAGGAUGUACCUGUGGAAUUUGAAUGCUGUUUUUGCACAACGAAGGACUUCAAGGAGUUCACCGAUGCCGAGGGUGUAAUUUCGCUUCCAACGUCGGACUUCCACAAGUCCGUUUGCCUGGAGAUGCGUAUGGCUGCCAAUCAGGCGGCGAACCGACAUCUGCGCGCCAAUCAAUACGGUUUGCUGGCCCCACCUACACAUAUGCCCGGUCCGUUGCUGCCCACGUCACAGCCCCAGCUGGCCGGCACAAUUGCAGCCGCAACCGGUGACGCGCAUGCCGAAGUCAUAUUCUCGAUUGGCGGUGGUGGUGGUGGCGUCGCUAUGCGUACACCACACCAUCUGCCCCACCACACUGCCACUGGCCUUGCGCCAAUUGCAUCGCAAUCAUCGUCCACCUCAUCGUCGUAUGGCACCACAACGUCCACAACAAUUGCGCUGCCACUGGACGCCACGCCAUUUCGUUACCCACCUUUCAUCACCAGCUAUAGCAAUAAUAAUUUCAAUUAUAACUAUAAUAAUAACUUCAAUACCACAUCGGUGGGUGCGUGUCCCGGUCUGUCAAUGGCCACGGGUAAUGUUGCGCUGACAUUGGGUAGCAAUCUGAAUAACAACUUCAAUGUCAAUAUAAACAAUAAUAAUAAUGCCGAUUUGGCGAGCGUCGAUAGUUCGGACACGUAUGCCAGCUGCCAAACACAUCCAUUUCAUUCACAAGGUGAUCUCACUGCCGAUUUGGCCGACGAAGCAUGCGCACUGGACAUUGACAUGGAUAAUUUGUAUAUAAAUCCAUUGGAAAAGGAGACGACAACAUCAGCGAGUGGGCCGGGCACAACGGGUUACAUCGUUGGACUGCCACCAACCGGUGCCACUGGCUUGACUGCGAUGGGGCUGGCGCGUUCACAGGUGAAGAAGAGCACAUCUGGCGAUACGGCGCUGCGUAACUUGGCCGCUGGCGGUCUCAGUCCCAUGGAUGAGAUAUAUCAAAAUUUCGAGGUGCAAGAACGCGGUAGUCGUGUUAGUCUCAAUGAGAAUCCAGUGCCAAAACAUCGUAAGACACGUUUCCAAAGCUUCACGUCGAUAUCGGGCGGCGCGGGCGCAACGAAUAAGCCGCGUGCACGUUUCGAAGAGGUCAAGAUCAUACAGGAUGGUAUGAGCGGUAGUCACGAGAGUAGUCCAGCCAGCAGCGGGAGUAAAAAGAAACGUUCCUCUUUUAUGCCCGGUAAAAGUUUAGCCACUGCCACCAAGCUGAUCAAUCAGCAUCUGUUCGGUAUACAGAAUGUUGGACAAAAAGCCAAAUUCGAAAGUAAACAUUCCUCCUCGAUAGAUUCUAUCGAUGCCUCACCAAAUCUCGAACAACAUCGUCGCUCCAAAUCGAUACUGAAAAACAAGUCGGAUAUCUCACGUGUUCUAGCCGAUCCGGAGAGUGAGCGUUUGCUCGCCGACAACAUGUCGGGUUCGGGUGUUUCGGACAACGGCACCGUCAUGGGCGAAUCUGGCAGCGAUUACUCACCGAAUAAAUUACCUCACUCAAUUUUAGCCAAGUCUAUUUCCCCACCACCAUUACGGCAUCGCAUGUUGAUACAGCAACGCUCCGGACCAGCGAAUCUGCAGUCGCGUCCUACCAAAUUCCAAACACCACGCUAUCCCGAGGAGCAAGCACUGCGUCAAGUCAAACCGAUGUUGGCACGUUCCUCGGCCACAUCGCAUAUGUCUGGCGACAGUCGCUACGAUUCGACCAAUAGAGAUAGCAGUUUAGACUCGGAGACCACAUUCACAUCCAAUGUGAAUAUACGCAGCGAUCCCGGUGAUGGUGGUGCCACAGUAAGCAAUGGCGAGGCAGGCGGCUCCAGUGAUGAAAAUCGUUCACUACUACAACGUGGCAACUCGGAUGAGCAAAAUGAGCGAGAUGACGGUGCUGGUGGGGAUGCUGGCGCCACGUAGCAAUUACUGAAAAAGCCAAAGAGCGAAUAAUAACGCCUACUUUCCGCUCCCUCCGACAGUGACAGUGAUAGUGAAUAAAACGCUUAGCAAUCAGCGAUUAAGAACAUGCAAAACAUACAAAAAAAAAAAACAAAAAAAACAACAACAACAAAGUUAAACUUAUUACAUUUUAUAUAAUAAUUAAAAGUAAAAUUCAUAUACAACACGCAUACAUAUAAACAUUUACUCAUACAUAUACAUACAUAUGUAGAUAUGUAAGGGUGAUGUUUGAAACGUCAUGUGAAAUGAAAAGCAAUGAACAUUAACAUUUAAGUGGAGGAGUAAAGAAGAUAUUUAGAACGUACAUACAU